GUACUUCAAAACAAAAAACAAUAAAGUUUAUUUAUAAAUUCAAAAUUUAAUGUAUUUUUGUUUUUCUUUUAUUGUUUACUUAAAUAAUUAAAAUAAAAAAAAAAAAAAAAACAAAGAUGUCGUGCACUUAUGCAGAUGGAUUAUCUCCAUACGAAGACAAAGGAAUACUUGGUGUUGCAGAGAGAUUUGAUAAAGAAGACGAAGUAAAUGAAAAAUGUGAGAAACUAGCUAAACUAAUGGAAGCUUCCCAACAUGUUGUCGUCCAUACUGGAGCUGGCAUAAGUACAUCUGCUGGAAUUCCUGAUUUUAGAGGACCUAAUGGUGUAUGGACGUUAGAAAAGAAAGGAGAGAAGCCUAACAUCAACAUAUCAUUUAAUGAAGCAGUUCCCACCAAAACCCAUAUGGCUCUUAAAGCAUUAGUUGAAAAAGGCUAUGUUCACUAUAUAAUAAGCCAAAAUAUUGAUGGCCUGCAUUUGAAAUCUGGUCUCUCCAGACAAUACAUUUCCGAACUCCAUGGAAAUAUGUUUGUGGAACAAUGUAGUAAAUGUCACAAGCAAUUCGUUAGACAAACAGCUGCGGUAACUGUUGGCCAGAAACCAUGUGGUGGCCUAUGCAAAGGAGGUGGUAAUUCGCGUCCAUGUCGAGGUGGCACAUUGUUGGAUAAUGUCCUGGACUGGGAACAUGAUCUUCCAGAGAAAGAUCUCGACAUGUCAAUAAUGCAUUCGACCUUAGCUGAUUUAAAUAUCACUUUGGGAACAACCUUACAAAUCGUGCCAAGUGGAAAUCUUCCACUUAAGAACAAAAAAUAUGAUGGUAAAUUGGUCAUCUGCAAUUUACAACCAACAAAACAUGACAAAAAAGCUGACUUUUUAAUAUCCACUUAUGUUGAUGAUAUUAUGACAAAAUUAUGUAAACGUCUUGGUAUUGAGAUACCAGAAUAUACCAAAGACAAAGAUCCAACGCAGAUGGACAUCGGCUCGCAAUGGACCAUUCCUUCCGAUAUAAAUAAGAAAACCGAAAAAAUUUAUAAUAUAAAAGUAAAAGAAUUUAAUUUAAAGAGAAAAUCUAGUUUAAAUUCGGAAAAGAAAAAUUUAAUUAAACUGCCAAAAACUGAAGACGAAAGUCCUAAAGAUGAAAAAGAUGAAAUAAUAAAAGAAGAAAUAGAUACAUAAUGGUUGUUGGCUGUAUCAGUUAAUGGGCUGCAUUUAUUUGAAUAAUAAAAUCGUUAAAAUCGCAUUUUUUAUACAAA